AGUUGAUAACCUGAAAAUUGCGCGAGCAUGCGCAAUGAAAAACUUAGUCGUACGAUGCGGCUGCCAUGGUCUGAUCCCGGAGUGUACACCGUAGUAGCGAUCUUACUGCGGUGCUUUUACAAUAAAGUACUUAAGUUAUAGACAAUUUAUUUAUAUGUAGUUAAAAUACUGUGAUCAUAGCAAGAUUAGUCAAAAUAGAAUAAGUAACGCUGUAGAUAUAGGUCGAGUUUAUUUCAAAUGGUAACAGAAAAUAAUACAAUCGAUUUCAUGUGUACAUAAACAAUUUCUUGUUAGAUUGUUUUAGGCAGUUUUAUCGGUGAAAAUGGGUUGUGUGUAGUGAAUUUUUAGAACGAAUCCAGUUCUAGCGACUCGGUACGGAGAGCGGCGGUGGUGAAUGAAUUCGGUCCUGCAUGAUGUCAAAAUUGAGCGAGAUCGACCAGUACCUAUGGAUGGUAGGAGGAUCAGCCGGCGCGCUGGCGCUUACGGGCGUCGCGGCCGCGUCGGCCUUCUACCUCAGCACCCGGCCCAAGCCAGAGAAGCCCCUCGUCACGCUGCACGAGCAGAGCCUACUUGAACCGGGUCCGGAAAUGGUCCGAGUGUCAAAAUUCUACAAAGAAGCAAAAAAUGGUCGAUAUCUCCGUUACCUUCACGAAGAUACGCGCACUCUGUAUGAAACUUUCCGCCGAGGAGUUAAAGAAUCAAAUAAUGGCAACUGCCUCGGUUGGAGGGAAAGUCCAAAUAAGCCUUACGUGUGGCAGAACUACAAUGAGACCCUGCUGCGAGCGAAAAACUUUGGAUCAGGACUUUUAUGUCAAGGUCUUACACCGGGACAAAACACAUUUAUAGGUAUAUACUCACAGAAUUGUCCAGAAUGGAUCAUGACAGAACAAGGUGCCUAUUGUUAUUCAAUGGUCAUAGUGCCACUGUACGACACGUUAGGAGCCAACGCAUGUGCCUUUAUUGUUAAUCAGACUGACAUGUCGCUCGUCGUUUGCGAAGACGACAAGAAAGCGAACCUGCUGCUCGACCAGGCGCCGCGGUGCCUGCGGAAGCUCGUCACCAUCAAGCAGGUGUCGCCCUCCACGCACCAGCGCGCCAAGAGUCGCGGCGUGGAGAUCAUCAAGUUCAGCGACGUCGAGUUCCAGGGGGCGCAGAAGGAUCACCCUUGUGUCCCGCCGAAACCCGAGACCAUUAGCACGAUUUGCUACACGUCCGGCACGACGGGCAUGCCCAAGGGCGUGAUGCUCACCCACGAGAACGUGGUAGCGUCCAUGUGCAGCGUCAUUAUGCAGCUCGGCGAGCACCGGCCCGCUAAGACCGAUGUCAUGAUCUCCUUCCUGCCGCUCGCUCAUAUGCUGGAGCGAUGCUGUGAGAAUGCUGUAUACAUGGUAGGAGGAGCUGUCGGCUUCUACAGCGGCGACAUCAGGCGGCUCGCCGACGACCUGCAGUGCCUGAAGCCCACGAUGAUGCCCGCGGUGCCACGGCUCCUCAACCGCCUGUACGACAAGGCCCAGUCGGAAAUCUCCAGCUCCAAGAUCAAGAAGAUGCUGUUCAACAUGGCUUUGUCUGCGAAGGAAUCAGAGUUGAAGAGGGGCAUCAUCCGCGGGGACUCGAUCUGGGACAAGCUGGUGUUCCGCAAGGUGCGCGAGGGCAUGGGCGGGCGGCUGCGCAUCAUGGUGGUGGGGUCGGCGCCGCUCGCCGGCAACGUGCUCACCUUCGCGCGCUGUGCCCUAGGCUGCCUGAUCGUGGAAGGCUACGGUCAGACGGAAUGCACCGCGCCGGUGACUCUAACCGUUCAGGGCGACCACGUGCCUGAACAUGUCGGGCCUCCCGUCGCUUGUAACAAAGUGAAGCUUGUGGACGUGCCCGAAAUGGAGUACUACGCGGCGCAGGGGCACGGCGAAGUGUGCGUGCAGGGCGCCAACGUGUUCAAGGGCUACUUCAAGGAGCCCGAGAAGACUGGCGAGGUCAUUGACCACGACGGUUGGCACCACACUGGCGACAUCGGCAAGUGGCUGCCGAAUGGCACCUUGAAAAUCAUUGACAGGAGAAAACACAUUUUCAAACUGUCACAAGGCGAAUACAUAGUUCCUGAGAAAAUAGAAAAUAUUUACAUAAGAAGUCAAUAUGUCGAACAAAUAUUUGUUCAUGGAGAAUCAUUGAAGUCGUGCAUAGUGGCGGUCGUGGUGCCCGACGUGGACGUGGUGAAGUGCUGGGCGCUGGAGCGUGGCAUCAAGGGCACGUUCUCGGCGCUGUGCGAUAACCCCACCGUCAAGAAGAUGAUCCUCGACGACAUGCUGCAGUGGGGCCGCAACGCCUCGCUCAAGACCUUCGAGCAGGUAAAGGACAUCUACCUGCACCCAGAUCCAUUCUCAGUGCAAAACGGCCUACUGACACCCACCAUGAAGGCGAAGAGGACAGAGAUCAGGAACUACUUCAAACCCCAGAUAGAGGACAUGUAUAAACAGCUCGAAUAACACUAUCGUACAAUACACUAGAUAAUUAUAUUUAUCACAAACUAUUUGUGACGUUGCAGCUACACUGGGCUGUUUUAAUAAAAUAGAAGUUUGAUAAUAAAAUAAAAUAAAGAUAUUAUUAGACGUAAGUGAACACACCGCUAUAAGAACAUCUGUUUUAUUAAAACAGUCCAGGUCAUUAGACUAAACUGUGGUGUAUAACAUCACUAUGCUCUUUAGUAUCCUAUCACAGUACAAUGUGUUGUUUAUAAUUUAUAAUUUUAGUCACUUUUCACUUUCUUAAUAAUAUCGUUUUACUCUUGAUAAGCGUAAAUCAGAAUGGCGGUGUCAUGGAAAAGUGUUGUGACAGUAUUUAAUGCUAUUUUUUUAAUUGCUUCGAAAUGAUCACGAGGUACUUCGUCAAAAACAAUUCACUUAGGCAAAAUGAAGAAUUUUUAAGCCAAUGUAGAUCCUGAUCGUUUGGUAUUACAUCUAUUUUCCUUUUGAUAGCAAUAAUGAGGAGCGUUGUGCCUAGGACAGUCAAUUAAUGUCUUUCAUCGCUUUUGUAUCUUUCUGGUGAUCUCCAGCAAAUCAAGUAAAGACUAGUGCAUACUCAAAAUCGUCGGUAGGUAUGAUGGCGGCCUGGUAAUUGAUUUCAUUAAUAGACAGAAGUUUUGAAAAACCGUCCGAAUUUUAAUGAGGCAUCAUUAUAAUACAUGAAAGAAAAAGAGAAACUGUACUCACCUAUAAUAUAUCAAUCUUAGUGUCAUCUGUUAAUCUCGGCAUUGUACCUUUCAAGACUAUCCUUAGAACAUAAAUAAUCAAUUACUUCAGUGAUAUGCAAUUCAUUAACAAUAAGAAUAGAUUUAUUAAAAUGAAUUAAAUAAAGUCUUAAGCAAUACUUUUGACAGGUUAGUAAAUGUAUGAGAAUCUUCACUUUAACUGAAUUUGAUGUGAAAUAACCCUUUUCCAAAACAAAGCCAUACUUGUUUUUGAGGUUUGUAUGUCAUGGCAAAUUUGAUUGAAGUGGACUUUUGUCGUUAAAGAAAGUUAUCCUAUAGGUAGGCUUUUUUAUAGCUAUAGAGGGUAAUAUAUUGUCGUGGCAAUUCAACGUUAAAGGAAAAAAGUGAGCACACAACUAUACAUAUUAUACAUGUUAAGAGGUACUGCGACUGCGACUUACUCAAAAGAAUUAAAAAAGACUAAUGCCCAAAUUUUAGCUGUAACAUUUUUGGAAACAAUAUUCACUGCUUAGAGUCACAUUAUACUCGUAAUACAAAUUGUAAUAAAUUUAUACAUAGAAAAAUUUCAUUUUGACAGCGCGUUUAGCUUGCGGUAUUUAAAUAUGAUGUAGAAGUUUUAUUUUUCUGAAAAAUAACUGCUAUAAAAUGUUGCAGGGAUAUCCUUGAUGGGAUUUAAAGAUAUCGGAAAACCUAUUUAAAAAUUGUAAAAUGGGCGCUUAAUUUUAAAUUGUUUAAUAGGCCAUAAUUAUGCACAUACAAUUUUGGAAACUUAUUUGUAACUUACCAUGAAUUUUACAGCUUAUUUUCAGUAAAUGAAAUCAAUAUACAUAUGAUGACCUUGUAAAGUAAUGUAAGUAGGGAAUACUCGUAUUUUGAGCUGUGCCUUCUACCAAGUCCUUCAACAAAAGUUACUGCGUACUGUAUUGCAACCAUUUUUGGGUGUUUAUAUCCGGCGUAUUUACUGUCUACGAUUAUAAAAUAACAUGGAUCAGCCUCAGCGUAUUUUGAGAACAAAAGCAGUUGGUUAGUUAAACACAAAAAUAGAUGCAAAGUACUUAUGAUAACAUUUGUACAGAAAAAACAACAAAAACUAAGAGGCAAAAGUUACGUAAAUACUAACAGCAACAAGCGCUUAACUGUCCAUCGGUGGACGUUUUAUGUUUUUGCAACAAAAAAAAAUAUCAGUUGACGACGGUAUGUACAGUUUAGCCAACUAGGAGGUAUACAACUUUUUUUGCCGCCAUUUUGUUUUGACGGUAAAUAUGCCAGUUGCUGCAUGAAAAUGACUUUGUGUAGAUACGGCAACUUUGUUUUGGAGCUUUUUACGACGGAACAACGUGUUUUAAUCCCAGUCAUAUAUUGCGGAAACUAAGAAAAUUGCGGAAAAUUCGAGAAACGGUGACAUUGAUUGGCUCCCAAGAUCGUCUGAUUUAACAGCCUUUUUCUGUGGGGCUAUCUAAAGGGACGUGUCAAUGCUAAUAGGCCAAUGAACCUUCAGCAAUUAAAACAAAAUAUUCGAGACACAGUCACUGAGAUAACUCAGGAAAUAUGUGAAAAUGUGAUGAACAACGCGAUGAAAAGGGUUCACAUCUGCCAUGCUGCUAGAGGUGAACAUUUGUCAGACGUUAUUUUCCAUGUUUAACUGCCGGCCCUGAAUAUUAUAUAUAACAAAAAAUACUUAAUAGUUUUUAUAUUUCAUAGAAUAGAAGUACAACUAGAGUGUAUACCUGUUAUUUGGCCAUCCUGUACCUAUAUUUUUAUUUAGAAAUUUCUUUCUAUAUAAAUAUUGCUGAUAUGGAUUUAAGUAAACUGUGUGACUAGUGGGUGAAUCUCUUUAUGUUUGAUCAUUAUUAAACUAUCGACUGCCUUAUUUUUAAAUUGAGUGGUAUAGUAUAUUUUUGUUUUUACCUAUAUUACAAUCGUAAAAAUUAAAUAAUAGUUAUAUUCGAAAGCAAGUCAGUCGAUAGUUUAAAAGUAGAAGUUGGCCGUAUAUCUCCUUAAACUAAUUGAAAUGUUAAACAUGUAUAGGUCAAAAUAUUCGCACUUUGUUAGUAUAAUUUUGUAUCGUGUAUGCUAUCCGAUUGGUUCAGCUUUGGGCGGAACGCCGGGCGCGUUUCAUGUUGUUCAAAUCAAAAUUUUGUUGUUAUUGGUGCAAGUUGCUACAAUAAUUUAUUUUUAAUAAAAAUUGAAAUAAUU